AUGCCAGAGGGGGUUAUUGAGCGCCCACUGUCCCCUUCCCUCCCCAGGGACUGUGGCCAUGAGUGCCGGGUGUGCCGGGUGACCAUGGUGAGCCUAACGGACUACGCCAACCACAUCUCCAGCAGGGUGCACAAGCAGCGCGUGGAGACGGCGGAACGGGAGGGUGCGGGGAACGACCAGGAAGAGGAGUACUUCGACAAGGAACUGGUCAAACUGAUCGAGAACCGGAAGGAACUCAUCAGGUAAGAGAGGAUGAUUUUUGUUUGUCUGUCUGCUAAAGGUUCUCAUCUAACUCUGCUGAGUAGGGAACAUGGGUGAUAAGAACGUCUCAAUGGUCAUAGUCUGAUCAUAAUGUAGAAACCAAACGUUGUUGUUUGUCUGAGGUUUGGUCUGUCUGUCUGGACUAGUGGACCAUGUAUAGUCACAUUCUGUGUGAUGGUGGUCAAGGCUUCUCAUUUAGCUGUGACGUGAACCAUACAUGCAGCUCAUAGAGGUAGGUAGAGAGGCCUCUAGAUGAAUAGAAGGCAUCAUGCAUGUCACACACGCCGUAAUGGCACAGCGACAAAGAUGAGUCCUCUUUUAUAUCUCUAUGGUUGCUGCUCAUAGAGCCCAGGGCGGAGGGAGGGAGGGAGGGAGGGAGGGGUCACAUGUCAGAGUUACGGACUAAAAAAAGCAUUACAGUCACAGCACCCUCUCUCCCUCUCUACAGCCCGGCAACAUUCCACACCAUGCCCUCUAUGGCUUCUAGAAGGUGUUCACAGAAACCGUCCUCUCACUGGCCUAAUUAAUAUAUAGGAGUUGAAAACCGUCCUCUCACUGGCCUAAUUAAUGUAUAGGAGUUGAAAACCGUCCUCUCACUGGCCUAAUUAAUGUAUAGGAGUUGAAAACCGUCCUCACUGGCCUGAUGUAUAGGAGUUGAAAACCGUCCUCACUGGCCUGAUGUAUAGGAGUUGAAAACCGUCCUCACUGGCCUGAUGUAUAGGAGUUGAAAACCGUCCUCACUGGCCUGAUGUAUAGGAGUUGAAAACCGUCCUCACUGGCCUGAUGUAUAGGAGUUGAAAACCGUCCUCACUGGCCUAACUUAAUGAAUAGGAGUUGAAAACUGUCCUCUCACUGGCCUAAUUAAUGUAUAGGAGUUGAAAACCGUCCUCACUGGCCUGAUGUAUAGGAGUUGAAAACCGUCCUCACUGGCCUGAUGUAUAGGAGUUGAAAACCGUCCUCACUGGCCUGAUGUAUAGGAGUUGAAAACCGUCCUCACUGGCCUAAUUUAAUGAAUAGGAGUGGAAAACCGUCCUCUCACUGGCCUAAUGUAUAGGAGUUGAACAUAUGUUUGGUUUUGGGGCAUCUCAACUUAGUAAUAGAUGAUAAUGAUAGCUGAUUAUAAAGAUAUUGAUAAGUUAUCAUUUUUUAUAUUGAUAAUAUUGAUAGAUAAUAAUAGCACUGAAUGUUGCCUAUAGAAUGUAUGCUGUGUCACUCAGUUUCUGCAUUGCACCAGAAACUGCAGCCAUGAUCACGGGCUGCCAAGAUCACGGUGCUGCCAAGAUCACGUGGCUGCCAAGAUCACGGGGCUGCCAAGAUCACGGGGCUGCCAAGAUCACGGGGCUGCCAAGAUCACGGGGCUGCCAAGAUCACUGGCUUAACCUUUCUGAAGAGAGGGCUGAGUCACAGAGAACAUAGCGGCGGUAGGAUGUUCAGUUGGAAACACAUCGGCCUUCCAUAGACCUUUGACCUGUGUUUCUGACCUACAUAUUAUAUGCCACAGGUUCCACACAGCGUUGAAAGACUAAAGGCCAGGGGAUCAUCAACUCAAUUCUUGAGCGGAUGGUUGGGGGUCCGGAACAUAAUUACAAAUAGCAAUUACAAAAUGCAAAUUGACCGCAAGAAGCCCAAACAGAUAUAAUAUUUGACUAAAACACAAUUAUAAAUCCAGCUUACGUUUUUUUUAAAUGAUCACGUGUCUCUCUAAUUAAUCUUAAGAGGCCGAAAGGAUGUUUGAGCCUUGUCCAACUAGAGCAGUAGGGGAAGGUGUGUUACGAUCGUCACCAGCAGCAGUUGGCUUGCAGCUGUCCCUGCCCCGCCGCGUUUAACACUCUGGGCUUGGGCCCGUCCCAAAUGCCACCCUAUUUCCUAUAUAGUGUACUUCUUUCGACCAGAUACCCGAGGCCUCAUGGGGGUUAGCACUCUGGGGCCCGUACCAAUUAACACCCUAUUCCUUAUAGUGCACUGGAACCUGGUCAAAAGUAGUGCACUAUACAGGGUGCCAUUUGGCAUGCACCCUGGGGCACAGGAGGACCAUGCCAAAACUCUGGGGGGGAAAUAGAUAUUGUUGCUAGGCAGAUAUUGUUGCUUUCAAAUGUCACAAUUAGUACAGUUACAUGCACAUAAUAAUACAUUUUUAUUGUGAAUAGUCAGAUUUUUAAUAUAAUAGUUUAAUUUGAAUGUUUACGUGCUUUGCAAGAAGAACGAUUUCUCUAAUAAUCCUGUUUUUACAUGGACACGUCUGAAAUCAGGCUACCUGAUGGAGAUUUUCUGCAUUGAUCAAAAGUCCAAUCAAUUUAAACGUUCUGCCACAGCGACCAUGUUAUUUUUGGGAAGCCUAUUUGAUUCUGAGUUCGAUGCAAACGUUCAGUUUUUCCGAAACUCACAUCAGUGGCUUUAUAGGAGGGAAGCUUACUCUGCUGAUACAGGCACAUAUCAAACACGCCGCUGGAACUCUGAUCCACGUGUCCUAAUCAUUUGAAAGAUUGCUCAGAAAAUCAGCUGUUUUAAUCCGCGUAUGCUUACUUCGAUGUUGACCAUACGGCAGAUUUUACGAUAAGCAGAGUAAGGUGUUUGCAUGACUAAUGCCAUAUUCGGGCCUACUGCCAUAAUCAUUUAAAUAUUGAAUUAUUAGUGUGCACGUGAACGUACUACCUGUCAUCAAACCACAGAUCAUGAAGCCCCUGUAGACUAGAUCUAUGAAUGAUUAUUUCCUGGACAGUCUCCAAUGUUCCAGUACAAUCCCAUGGUGCCACAGUAGUAGUUAUAUCAUGAAGGGUAGCAUUUAUUGAACUGGGGCUUGUUGUGAGUGAGCUUUGACUUACACUUGUGUUUUCUCUCAUCUCUCUAGGAGAGAGGAGGAGGAGAGGAGGAGAGAGGAGCAGGAGAGGAGCAGGAGAGAGGAGGAGGAGAAGAGGAGAGAGGAGGAGGAGAGGAGGAGAGAGGAGGAGGAGCGGAGGAGACAGCAGCAACAGAUCCAGAAGUGGAGUGACGCACGGCAGUACUUCUGCCAGAAGGGGGCGUCGUGGGGCUGGAGAGACCCCAGCAACACCCCUCCACCACCCCCUCCUCGAAAAUGCAAAGGGCCCGCCUGGCAGGGGUGCUGGGACUGGAGCUCAAUCCCCGCUGGGGGUCCAGGUCCAUGGGGGACCCAGGAGGACAUCAGGUUUAACUGGCACAACAGGAAACAGGGCCGCAGCGCCACCUGGCACGCCCAGCAACCACCCAACUUCUCCAAGUGGAGCGCUGGAGGGAGGGGCAGCGGCAGCCUGCACAGCAGGGAGGGAACCAAUAAGAGAUGGGAGCAGGAGGUGUAUCUCCACCCCCCAGCCCAGCAGCAGAGAGGAGGGAGGGGACCCUGGCAGCAGAACAGCAGAGGAGGUGGUACCACCGGUCUAUACAGCAGCAGCAGCAGCAGAGGGGGUAACAGACCGCCUGGUCUGCUUGCUGACCCUGUCAUGAGAGAAGGGCUGAGUAGCACAGAGUCUCUUCACAGGAUGGACUUCACCAGCGACCAGCUGGCUCCAGCCGGGUCCUUCGACCAUCUCCGUCAAGACGGUCAGGAUGACGGUAGGAAGGGUGGACACCAGAACAUGGCCCAGGAAGGGCCAGGCGGUGGAGCAGAACGAGAUCGUAACAGCGUCAUGGGGAUGGGGCCCAAGGCGUUUGGUAGUAAUCCUAAACUAGACAAGGCCUGUCGCUGGUCACCUUAUCCGUCCCAUAAGGAGACUCACCCCCACCCUCAUCCUCCCCCCUCAGAGAGGCACCCAAAGGGUCCUCCUCCUCCCCCAACCCUCCAGACCCAGACCCCCCAGAUCCCCUCGGCCCAGGGCAGAGAUGUGGACCUGAGGCCCAGACGCGACAUAGCGCUGGAGCCCCACUGCUCCUCGGGUCUGAAGCCGACCCAGUCCAGAUGGGACCAGCGAGCAGCACCGCAGCAGAGGUCUCCUGAUCACAUUGUAGAAGGGGGGGAACACAGGAAGCGUAGAGACGUCUCUACCAGGAACAGUCUGAGGACAGACUCCUCCUCCUCUGGGUCCACCUCCACAAGACGGAGGGCAGCUAAGCCAUCAGAGUGCCUUGAGAAGGGCCUGUCCUUCCCUUUUACUACCAGCCCCAAGACCCACCUCAGUGGGGCCUCCAGCCCCACCCUCAACCUAGCCCCCAGUCCCAAGACCCACCUCAGUAGGGCCUCCAGCCCCACCCUCAACCUAGCCCCCAGCCCCAAGACCCACCUCAGUGGGGCCUCCAGCCCCACCCUCAACCUAGCCCCCAGCCCCAAGACCCACCUCAGUGGGGCCUCCAGCCCCAAGACCCACCUCAGUGGGGCCUCCAGCCCCAAGACCCACCUCAGUAGGGCCUCCAGCCCCACCCUCAACCUAGCCCCCAGUCCCAAGACCCACCUCAGUGGGGCCUCCAGCCCCAAGACCCACCUCAGUGGGGCCUCCAGCCCCAAGACCCACCUCAGUGGGGCCUCCAGCCCUAGCCCCUCUACCACCCCCAGCACCCAGCUGAGCCGAGCCUCCAGCCAGGACUCGGACCAGCCCGGGUCGUCCAGACACAGCAGCCAGGAUUUGGGGAGGAGGCUGGGAUCAAAGUCCUCUACCCCACAGCAGGACCAGGAGCAGCAGCUGGCUGAGAUGCUGAGGAGAGCCAAGGAGACGCUGCUAGACAAGAGGAGCUCCGUGGAUCUGCCUGCUGCUGACCACAGGACGGAGCGAGAGAAGACAACGAACUCUAACGACCAGAGGAUGGAGAACGGGGAGAGGAAGACGGUGCUACACAUCGAGGAACCGCAGCAGCAGGUGGAGAGCUCUGAGGGCGUCAAGGUCAGAGCCAACAACAACAGACAGAAUAGAAGGAAGACCUCUAGACAGACCAGACAGGACAGAGCUAGCAGCAGCGCUAACCCAGCUGGGGACAGUGAGACGUCUCCCUCAGACAAUCACCUUUCUGUCCAGUCUGUCCAGGUCAGCACCUCCACCAUGGAGUCCCCAGGUGGGGCUGCGCUCUCUCUCUCUCCCAGGGUGGCUGGUGAUGGAGAUGGAGAGGAGGCCAUGGAGGUAGCAGACGCAGGGUUGUGGUCAGACAGUGACCCCUUGAGAACCAUCGACCCUAACCUUGACCUCCACACGACCUCUGACCCCUCCUCAGGCUCCACCCUGACCAAACCCAGCCUACCCCUCGCCCUAAAGAGGGACCUCACCCGACACAUCGGCUCCAAGACCAAGAGCGGCAGCCACGAGCCCAAUCUGAACAUCGCCCGGCGGAUCAGGAAUGUGAGCGGGACGAGGAGAGGGGAUGCGGAGAAGGAUUCGGGUCUGAAGCCGACGUUAAGACAGCUCAUCAGCUCCUCGGGGUCACGGCGCUGUGUCAACUGGGACCAGGUGUACCAGGAAGUCCACAGGAAGAAGCAGGAGCAGGGGAAAGGCAUGCCCAGGUGAGAGGUCAUCUGGAGCAGGAUGUAUGACGCAUCUCAUAGUAGCCUUUUAGAUUAGUAAUAUACACUGAGUGUACAAAACAUUAAGAACGCCUGCUCUUUCCAUGACAUAAACUGACCCGGUGAAUCCAGGUGAAAGCUAUGGAUCCCUUAUUGAUGUCACCUGUUAAAUCCACUUCAAUCAGUGUAGAUGAAGGGGAGGAGACAGGUUAAAGAAGGAUUUUUAAGCCUUGAGACAACUGAGACAUGGAUUGUGUAUGUGUGCCAUUCAGAGGGUGAAUGGGCAAGACAAAAGAUUUAAGUGCCUUUUGAACGGGGUAUGGUAGUAGGUGCCAGGCACACCGGUUUGUGUCGAAUUGCAUUCGCUGUUGGGUUUUUCCACGCUCAACAGUUUCCUGUGUGCAUCAAGAAUGGUCCACCAACCAAAGGACAUCCAGCCAACUUGACACAACCGUGGGAAACAUUGGAGUCAACAUGGGCCAGCAUCCCUGUGGAACGCUUUCGGCACCUUGCAGAGUCCAUGCCCCGAUGAAUGGAGGCUGUUCUGAGGGCAAAAGGGGGUGCAACUCAAUAUCAGGAAGGUGUUCCUAAUGUUUGGUAUAGUCAGUGUAUGGUGAUUUUAGAGGUAAGGGGUACCUGAUCCCAGAUCAGCACUGCUACUCUAAGAUGCUUGAAACAGACAGUUUAUUAGGUACACCCCCCCGUUCACCAAAAUGGUUCGCUCCUACAGACAGUUUAUUAGGUACCCCCCCGUUCCCCAAAUGUGUUCGUCCUACGACAGUUUUAUUAGGUACACCCCCCCGUUCACUCAAAUGGUUCCUCCUACAGACAGUUUAUUAGUACACCCCCGAUUCACAAAAUGGUCGCUCCUACAAUCAGUUUCUUAGGUACAAACCCCCCCGUUCCAAAAUGGUUUCGCUUCCUAUCGACGUUUAUUAGGUCACCCACCCGUCACAAAAUGUUCCCUCCUACAGACAGUUUAUUAGUACACCCCCCCGUUCCCAAAAUUGGUCGCUCCUACAGACGUUCUGAUGUCACCACCCCUUCCCAAAAUGGUUCGUUCCUACAUACAGUUAUUAGGUAUCAACACCCUUUCACCAAAAGUGGGUUCACUCCUACUAGACAGUUUUAUUAGGUACAACACCCCGUUCACCAAAAUGGUUCGCUCCUACAGACAGUUUAUUAGGUACAACACCCCGUUCACCAAAAUGGUUCCCUCCUACAGACAGUUUAUUAGGUACAACACCCCGUUCACCAAAAUGGUUCGCUCCUACAGACAGUUUAUUAGGUACAACACCCCGUUCACCAAAAUGGUUCCCUCCUACAGACAGUUUAUUAGGUACACCCCCCCGUUCACCAAAAUGGUUCGCUCCUACAGACAGUUUUUAGGUACACCCCCCCCGUUCACCAAAAUGGUUCCCUCCUACGACAGUUAUUAGGUACACCCCCCGUUCACCAAAUGGUUCCCUCCUACAGACAGUUUAUUGGUACACACCCCCCCGUUCACCAAAAUGGUUCCCUCCUACAGACAGUUUAUUAGGUACACCCCCCCGUUCACCAAAAUGGUUCCCUCCUACAGACAGUUUAUUAGGUACACCCCCCCGUUCACCAAAAUGGUUCCCUCCUACAGACAGUUUAUUAGGUACACACCCCGUUCACCAAAAUGGUUCCCUCCUACAGACAGUUUAUUAGGUACACCCCCCGUUCACCAAAAUGGUUCGCUCCUACAGACAGUUUAUUAGGUACACCCCCCCGUUCACCAAAAUGGUUCCCUCCUACAGACAGUUUAUUGGUACACCCCCCUUCACCAAAAUGGUUCCCUCCUACAGACAGUUUAUUAGGUACACCCCCCCGUUCACCAAAAUGGUUCCCUCCUACAGACAGUUUAUUAGGUACACCACCCCCGUUCACCAAAAUGGUUCGCUCCUACAGACAGUUUAUUAGGUACAACACCCCGUUCACCAAAAUGGUUCGCUCCUACAGACAGUUUAUUAGGUACAACACCCCGUUCACCAAAAUGGUUCGCUCCUACAGACAGUUUAUUAGGUACACCACCCCGUUCACCAAAAUGGUUCGCUCCUACAGACAGUUUAUUAGGUACACCACCCCGUUCACCUAAAUGGUUCGCUCCUACAGACAGUUUAUUAGGUACAACACCCCGUUCACCAAAAUGCUUCGCUCCUACAGACAGUUUAUUAGGUACAACACCCCGUUCACCAAAAUGCUUCGCUCCUACAGACAGUUUAUUAGGUACAACACCCCGUUCACCAAAAUGGUUCCCUCCUACAGACAGUUUAUUAGGUACACCCCCCCCGUUCACCAAAAUGGUUCCCUCCUACAGACAGUUUAUUAGGUACAACACCCCGUUCACCAAAAUGGUUCGCUCCUACAGACAGUGAGUCACGUGGCCGUGGCUUGCUAUAUACAGCUGGCAGACAGGCAUCGAGGCAUUCAGUUACUGUUCCAUUGAACGUUAGAAUGGUCAAAACGAGUGACCUAAGCGACUGAGCGUGGUAUGAUCGUCGGUGCCAGACGCGCCGGAUCCAUUAUCUCAGAAACAGCCGGCCUCCUGGGCUUUUCAUGCACGAGUGUCUAGGGUUUACCGAGAAUGGUGCGGCAAACAAAACACAUCCGGUCAGCGGCAGUCCUGUGGGCGAAAACAGCUUGUUGAUGAGAGGUCGAAGGAGAAUGCAGCAGACGACCACACCGGGUUCCACUCCUAUCAGCUAAAAACAAGAAGAAGUUGCUCCAGUGGGCACGCCGUCACCAACACUGGACAACUGAGGAGUGGAAAAACAUUGCCUGGUCCGACGAAUCCCGGUUCCUGUUGCAUCAUGCUGAUGGCAGAGUCAGGAUUUGGCGUAAGCAGCAUGAGUCCAUGGCCCCAUCCUGUCUGGUGUCAGCGGUACAGAUUGAUGGCGGUAGUGGAAUGGUGUGGGGAAUGGCCCCAUCCUGUCUGGUGUCAGCAGUACAGGCUGGUGGCGGUAGUGUAAUAAUGUGGAGCAGUACAGGCUGGUGGUGGUGGUGUAAUGGUGUGGGGAAUGGCCCCAUCCUGUCUGGUGUCAGCAGUACAGGCUGGUGGCGGUAGUGUAAUGGUGUGGAGCAGUACAGGCUGGUGGCGGUAGUGUAAUGGUGUGGAGCAGUACAGGCUGGUGGCGGUAGUGUAAUGGUGUGGGGAAUGUUUUCCUGGCACGUGUUAGGUCCCUUGAUACCAAUUGAUCAACGUUUGACAUGCCCCGAAGAAUUGUACUGUGCUAUAGGCAAAGGGGGGUCCGACCCGAUACUGAAACCUUGACUUUUGAAGACCUUUAACAGUAGUCUAGGUACCAGUCUGUUUCUCCUCUCUUUAUGGAAUCCAUAAUGCCCGGCUUGACAAGGACAAUAGAGUAGACAAAAGCACUUAGAGAUCUGGGACCUUUUUAAAAGUACACGUGUCCUGUUCUGUCAGUCGUGUUAAAUAUCUGUCGAGUUGAUGGUAAUGGCUGACUUAACGUGAGAUGUAUCCUGUCUGUCUUGUCAGGUUUGGUAUAGAGAUGGUGUCCUGUGACCAGGAGGGGUUGAGCCAGGAGGAAGAAGACAUCCCUCUGACCGAGGGGUUCCAGUGGGAGACGCUCUUCGGCCUCGGAGACUCUGGACCUUCCCUCGCCCCCGUGACUCCUCGCAAACGCAGCCUCUCGGAGAGCAGCGUGGCUCCUGACCGCUCGUCCGCCAACCUCUCCUCUCUCUUCGGGGGUCAGACCCAGGGUCAGGCGAUGCCGGGGGAGAGGGCACCCAGAGAUGGGGCUGGCAGGGCAGGGAAACUAAGCUCAGAGCAGCAAAGCUCCUCGUCCUUCGGAGACCCCGAGCAGCCUGAGGUGGAGGGGACACAGUGUGAGGACAGAGCACAGAGAGAAGUACAGGGGCCACUAGCACAGGGGCCACCAGGGGCCCUGGUCCAGCAGAGACCUGACUCAGUGAUGGGGGACAGCAGCUCCGGGACGGAGCAGAACGAUACGCAGGGAGCCAGGACCAAACGACGAGCAGCUGGGGACAUUCCUCAUUUAGAGAGGAAGAAUAAAAGAAUGAAGGUCAAGUCCAAGAAAGGUGAACUCAGCACACGUGACAGCAGCACGCCGUCUAUAAUAAUACGUGACAGCAGCACGCUGUCUAUAAUAAUACGUGACAGCAGCACGCCGUCUAUAAUAAUACGUGACAGCAGCACGCUGUCUAUAAUAAUACGUGACAGCAGCACGCUGUCUAUAAUAAUACGUGACAGCAGCACGCUGUCUAUAAUGAUAGGUGACAGCAGCACGCUGUCUAUAAUAAUACGUGACAGCAGCACGCUGUCUAUAAUGAUACGUGACAGCAGCACGCUGUCUAUAAUGAUACGUGACAGCAGCACGCUGUCUAUAAUAAUACGUGACAGCAGCACGCUGUCUAUAAUAAUACGUGACAGCAGCACGCUGUCUAUAAUGAUACGUGACAGCAGCACGCUGUCUAUAAUAAUACGUGACAGCAGCACGCCGUCUAUAAUGAUAGGUGACAGCAGCACGCCGUCUAUAAUGAUACGUGACAGCAGCACGCCGUCUAUAAUGAUACGUGACAGCAGCACGCUGUCUAUAAUAAUACGUGACAGCAGCACGCCGUCUAUAAUGAUACGUGACAGCAGCACGCCGUCUAUAAUGAUACGUGACAGCAGCACGCUGUCUAUAAUGAUACGUGACAGCAGCACGCUGUCUAUAAUGAUACGUGACAGCAGCACGCCGUCUAUAAUGAUACGUGACAGCAGCACGCUGUCUAUAAUAAUACGUGACAGCAGCACGCAGUCUAUAAUGAUACGUGACAGCAGCACGCUGUCUAUAAUAAUACGUGACAGCAGCACGCCGUCUAUAAUAAUACGUGACAGCAGCACGUUGUCUAUAAUGAUACGUGACAGCAGCACGCCGUCUAUAAUGAUACGUGACAGCAGCACGCUGUCUAUAAUAAUACGUGACAGCAGCACGCUGUCUAUAAUAAUACGUGACAGCAGCACGCCGUCUAUAAUAAUACGUGACAGCAGCACGUUGUCUAUAAUGAUACGUGACAGCAGCACGCCGUCUAUAAUGAUACGUGACAGCAGCACGCCGUCUAUAAUGAUACGUGACAGCAGCACACCGUCUAUAAUAAUACGUGACAGCAGCACGCUGUCUAUAAUAAUACGUGACAGCAGCACGCUGUCUAUAAUAAUACGUGACAGCAGCACGCUGUCUAUAAUAAUACGUGACAGCAGCACGCUGUCUAUAAUAAUACGUGACAGCAGCACGCUGUCUAUAAUGAUACGUGACAGCAGCACGCUGUCUAUAAUAAUACGUGACAGCAGCACGCUGUCUAUAAUAAUAAUACGUGACAGCAGCACGCCGUCUAUAAUGAUACGUGGCAGCAGCACGCCGUCUAUAAUGAUACGUGACAGCAGCACGCUGUCUAUAAUAAUACGUGACAGCAGCACGCUGUCUAUAAUGAUACGUGACAGCAGCACGCCGUCUAUAAUGAUACGUGGCAGCAGCACGCCGUCUAUAAUAAUACGUGACAGCAGCACGCUGUCUAUAAUAAUACGAGACAGCAGCACGCUGUCUAUAAUAAUACGUGACAGCAGCCUGCUGUCUAUAAUAAUACGUGACAGCAGCACGCCGUCUAUAAUAAUACGUGACAGCAGCAUGCUGUCUAUAAUGAUACGUGACAGCAGCACGCCGUCUAUAAUGAUACGUGACAGCAGCACGCCGUCUAUAAUGAUACGUGACAGCAGCACGCUGUCUAUAAUAAUACGUGACAGCAGCCUGCUGUCUAUAAUAAUACGUGACAGCAGCACGCUGUCUAUAAUAAUACGUGACAGCAGCACGCUGUCUAUAAUGAUACGUGACAGCAGCACGCUGUCUAUAAUGAUAGGUGACAGCAGCACGCCGUCUAAUGAUACGUGACAGCAGCACGCUGUCUAUAAUGAUACGUGACAGCAGCACGCUGUCUAUAAUAAUACGUGACAGCAGCACGCUGUUUAUAAUAAUACGUGACAGCAGCACGCUGUCUAUAAUGAUACGUGACAGCAGCACGCUGUCUAUAAUAAUACGUGACAGCAGCACGCCGUCUAUAAUAAUACGUGACAGCAGCACGCUGUCUAUAAUAAUACGUGACAGCAGCACGCCGUCUAUAAUGAUAGGUGACAGCAGCACGCUGUCUAUAAUGAUACGUGACAGCAGCACGCCGUCUAUAAUAAUACGUGACAGCAGCACGCCGUCCAUAAUGAUACGUGACAGCAGCACGCCGUCUAUAAUGAUACGUGACAGCAGCACGCUGUCUAUAAUGAUACGUGACAGCAGCACGCUGUCUAUAAUGAUACGUGACAGCAGCACGCUGUCUAUAAUGAUACGUGACAGCAGCACGCUGUCUAUAAUAAUACGUGACAGCAGCACGCUGUCUAUAAUAAUACGUGACAGCAGCACGCCGUCUAUAAUAAUACGUGACAGCAGCACGCUGUCUAUAAUAAUACGUGACAGCAGCACGCCGUCUAUAAUGAUAGGUGACAGCAGCACGCUGUCUAUAAUGAUACGUGACAGCAGCACGCCGUCUAUAAUAAUACGUGACAGCAGCACGCCGUCUAUAAUGAUACGUGACAGCAGCACGCCGUCUAUAAUGAUACGUGACAGCAGCACGCUGUCUAUAAUGAUACGUGACAGCAGCACGCCGUCUAUAAUGAUACGUGGCAGCAGCACGCCGUCUAUAAUGAUACGUGACAGCAGCACGCUGUCUAUAAUGAUACGUGACAGCAGCACGCCGUCUAUAAUGAUACGUGACAGCAGCACGCCGUCUAUAAUGAUAGGUGACAGCAGCACGCUGUCUAUAAUGAUACGUGACAGCAGCACGCCGUCUAUAAUAAUACGUGACAGCAGCACGCCGUCUAUAAUAAUACGUGACAGCAGCACGCCGUCUAUAAUGAUACGUGACAGCAGCACGCUGUCUAUAAUAAUACGUGACAGCAGCACGCUGUCUAUAAUAAUACGUGACAGCAGCACGCUGUCUAUAAUGAUAGGUGACAGCAGCACGCCGUCUAUAAUAAUACGUGACAGCAGCACGCCGUCUAUAAUGAUACGUGACAGCAGCACGCUGUCUAUAAUAAUACGUGACAGCAGCACGCUGUCUAUAAUGAUAGGUGACAGCAGCACGCUGUCUAUAAUGAUACGUGACAGCAGCACGCCGUCUAUAAUAAUACGUGACAGCAGCACGCUGUCUAUAAUAAUACGUGACAGCAGCACGCCGUCUAUAAUAAUACGUGACAGCAGCACGCCGUCUAUAAUAAUACGUGACAGCAGCCUGCUGUCUAUAAUAAUACGUGACAGCAGCACGCCGUCUAUAAUGAUACGUGACAGCAGCACGCCGUCUAUAAUGAUAGGUGACAGCAGCACGCCGUCUAUAAUAAUACGUGACAGCAGCCUGCUGUCUAUAAUAAUACGUGACAGCAGCACGCCGUCUAUAAUGAUACGUGACAGCAGCACGCCGUCUAUAAUGAUACGUGACAGCAGCACGCCGUCUAUAAUAAUACGUGACAGCAGCCUGCUGUCUAUAAUAAUACGUGACAGCAGCACGCCGUCUAUAAUGAUACGUGACAGCAGCACGCCGUCUAUAAUGAUACGUGACAGCAGCACGCCGUCUAUAAUAAUACGUGACAGCAGCACGCCGUCUAUAAUGAUACGUGACAGCAGCACGCCGUCUAUAAUAAUACGUGACAGCAGCCUGCUGUCUAUAAUAAUACGUGACAGCAGCACGCCGUCUAUAAUAAUACGUGACAGCAGCCUGCUGUCUAUAAUAAUACGUGACAGCAGCACGCUGUCUAUAAUGAUAAGUGACAGCAGCACGCCGUCUAUAAUAAUACGUGACAGCAGCCUGCUGUCUAUAAUGAUACGUGACAGCAGCACGCUGUCUAUAAUGAUACGUGACAGCAGCACGCCGUCUAUAAUGAUACGUGACAGCAGCACGCUGUCUAUAAUAAUACGUGACAGCAGCACGCCGUCUAUAAUGAUACGUGACAGCAGCACGCUGUCUAUAAUAAUACGUGACAGCAGCACGCCGUCUAUAAUAAUACGUGACAGCAGCACGCCGUCUAUAAUAAUACGUGACGGCAGUCCAAUCCAGAUGGUCAUGGCUCAGGUCCAAGUCUUUUUCUCGCUCAGUAAACCAUUUUAUUCUGUUUUAUUGUUCUCCAGAGCGUGUGCAGUUGGAACAACUCCUGGCUGUGUCUCUCAGAGAGGAGGAUCUGAGCCGGUCUCUACAGGGGGUCGACAUCAGCCUGAUCCAGGCCAGGGCUGCUCUUCAGACUGCCUACAUGGAGGUCCAGCGCCUCUUAGUGGUCAAACAGCAGGUAUUACAUCUUCACCCCCAGCCUAUAAUAAUAAUAAAAAUAAUAAUAAUAAUAAUAUGCCAUUUAGCAGAUGCUUUUAUCCAAAGCGACUUAGUCAUGUGUGCAUACAUUUUUUUUUGUGUGUAUGGGUGGUCCCGGGGAUCGAACCCACUACCCUGGCGUUACAAAUGCCGUGCUCUACCAGCUGAGCUACAGAGGACCACAGUGGCCCUGUCGGAUUCCAUAAAUUUCAGUUGAAAAAUGACAUCAUUAAUCCGAGUGACGAUCAUAAAGUCCUUGUCAGUGUGUGUCCCUACCAUAUGGUGUGAUCUGUUGGGACUAGAAACGGGAGGGAGCAGCUGUAGACAAUAUCCCCAGAUAGAAAUGGUCCAUGAUAACAUGAUAACGGCGAACUAACCCAUCCAAACGCCUUGGCCUGACUUCGUGUUAUUGUUUUGAUGGUCUCAGGUUUCCAUGGAGAUGAGCACUCUCAGAAGGAAGCGUAUUGAGUUGCUCCAAGGGAUCCAAGGUAAGACCCACCAGGCUUUAAUGGAUGAUUUGGUGUCAACUAAAUGACCACUCAUUUAAUGAGUCUGGUGUAAGAAUGGAUUUGACAUCUUGUCUUUUCUCACUAUUUGAAAUAUGGGUAUUGGGUAACUUGUUAUAAGCGUGUAUGAACCUUUUGUAAUGUCUUACAAUACAGCUUUUAAUAUGUUCUGUUUUGGCUCUUGGUGUGUAUCUCAGGUGGUGUCGAGAGCCUUUCCCUGCCCAGAGUGAAGAGCUGUGAAGAGGAGAUGCCUUUAGAGAUGCCCCCCUCCCUGCUGUCGUCUCUAACAGAAGCCCCUGUCCCCAGACCUAACCAGGUUCCCCUCUACCUCCCCCCCUGCUCCGCGCCCCCCUCCCUGUCCCCUAGCCCCCACGCUCAGCCCCAGGCGGUCACACAGUCAGUAGUUGUGAAGCAGGAGCCCCUGUCCCCUGGUAGGGUGACCACUGAGACGGAGGCUGCAGAGAGCACAGUCACAGUCCACCAGCAAGUUCCUCACUGCCCCAGGCCAGAGGCCACGCCAAUCCGUACAGACCCUGGCACAGGUAUGGCCUGUCAACACACACACACACACACAGAGACACACACACACACAGAGACACACACAGACACACACACACACACACACACAGAGACACAGACACACACACACACACACACAGAGACACAGACACACACACACACACACACACACACACACACACACAGACACACACACACACACACUAGUAAACGUCCAUUCAGAAAUGGCCUGAAUUGAAUCAGCUGUUUCUCAUUCUCUCUUAGAUUGUGCCCUCAGCUGCCAAUCGGUCAGCGGGAUGAGGUCUGAGCAUCACAGAGCCAGCAGAGAGCUCUCUCAGGAGGACAGCGGCCUACCUGUAGGAGCAUCUGCAGAAUGGAAGGAACCCUCCGCAGGCUCACCAGACCCGGUCCAGUCGGUAGAGAGGGGUGUCCAGGUUACCAGAGAAGACAGGGGUAACUCCGAGCCCCACCCGGCUCCGCUGUCAGGCCCGUCCAGCCGCAAGAGCUCCAGAGCCGGGGUCCAGGACCUAGAAACCCCUCCUGUCCUCGCCCUCUCCUCGCACACCUCCCCCGGCCUCCCUGCAUCCCUCGCUUCGCCCCAGGCGGAGGUGACGACCGUAAAGCGCGUGAGGAAGUUGAAGAAGAAGAGGGUGCUGAGGAAGGCCAAGGGGGCGGAGCAACAGCUUGACAACAGCGACACAGAACUGGAGGCGGAGACGACCCUCUCCCGACCCGUCAGACUCCUCCGCACCCGCAAGAAAGCCAGCGGAGGAUCCCAGCCCCAGGUCACCACAUCCACCUCCAGCCCGCCCGGAGCAGCAGAGGACAGGGGGGAGGUUAGAGUAGAGGCUCCAGGACCUCCAGGACCUCCAGGACCUCCAGGACCUCCAGCCACUAGGCCUGAGGAGAGGCAGGAGGACUCUGACUCCUCUCUAGAGAUGGUAAUGCUCCCCCAGGCAGCUCCAGCUGAGGUGGUUACCAUCGACACCUCAGGCCCAGAGGAUAGAGACAUGGAAGUGUGCAGCAUUGCCUCUCCACAGCCCCAGCCCACUGUCUUACCCCCAGCCCCAGCCUCAGCCCCAGACACACUGAAGACAGAGCCCCAGAAGCUGGCCUGCAAUGAG